AGGAACCAUUACUCAAGAAAUUGGAUGCUUUAGAUACUUUCAUAUUUGGAUACUCUGAUUCAUGGAGCAUUAUCAAUUGCCAAUUUUUGAAGACAAUAUAAAACAAUGGUAAUUAUGAAUCUGAUCAACUCUACUGAUGACCUGAUCAACACCUCUACUUUAGUAAGAAAUAGCACUCACUUUUCAGCUUCUGCUUCAGACAUGAUUAUUGCCCUUUUUCUGUUCAUGUCAUUUAUAAUCGGUACCAUCACCAAUGGCCUCUAUCUGUGGGUGCUAAACUUCAAGAUGAAGAAGACCGUCAAUACUCUCUUGUUUUUUCAUCUCAUUCUCUCAUAUUUUAUUUCGAUAUUGAUUAUUCCAUUUUUGGCCAUCUCCUACCUUCAGGACCAUUACUGGAUCUUUGGAACAGCAUUGUGUAAGGUCUUCAAUAGCACUUUGUCUCUGGGGAUGUUCGCCUCUGUUUUCUUCCUCUCUGCCAUCAGUCUGGAUCGUUAUCUUCUCACUCUUCACCCAGUGUGGUCCCAGCAGCACCGAACCCCACGCUGGGCUUCCAAUAUUGUCCUGGGAAUCUGGAUAUCUGCCACUGCUCUCAGCUCACCCUAUUUGGUUUUCAGGGAGACACAUCAAGACAGUAAAGGAAAGGUGACCUGCAGAAAUAACUAUGCUGUAUCCACUAACUGGGAAAACGAAAAGAUGCAAACUUUAAGGCAAUGGAUUCAUGCGACCUGUUUCAUCAGUCGCCUCUUACUGGGCUUCCUUCUGCCUUUCUUCAUUAUUCUCUUUUGUUACAAAAGAGUAGCCAGUAAGAUGAAAGAGAGGAGCCUGUUUAAAUCCAGAAAGCCCUUCAAAGUCAUGAUGACUGCCAUUAUCUCUUUCUUUGUGUGUUGGAUGCCCUACCAUGUACACCAGGGCUUAAUUCUCACUAAGAACCAGUCAUUCCUUUUAGAGUUGAGUCUGAUACUUACAGUGAUGACCUCUUCUUUCAACAGUGUCUUUUCUCCCACACUCUACCUAUUUGUUGGGGAGAAUUUCAAAAAGAUUUUCAAGAAGUCCAUUCUUGCUCUGUUCGAGUCAACAUUCACUGAUGAUUCUUCUGCAGAAAGGACGCAAAACCUAAAUUCAGAAGUUGAAAUUUAA